AUGAAUCCGGUCGUAGUGGUCCACGGGGGCGGAGCCAGCAACAUCUCCAAAGACCGGAAGGAGAGUGUGCGCCAGGGGGUCAUGAGAGCGGCUACCGUGGGUUACAACGUCCUGAAGGAGGGAGGGAGCGCAGUCGAUGCGGUCGAAGGAGCUGUGGUCGUGCUGGAAAAUGACCCCGAGUUCAACACACCUCAUUGCUUUCUGACUGACCAAGGUGCCACAAAGUUUGCAACAGCCAUGGGGGUGCCACAGAUUCCUGGGGAGCAGCUGGUGACAGAGAGAAACACCAGGCGCCUGGAAAAGGAGAAGCGUGAGAAAGGGGCUCAGAAACCAGACUGUAGAAAAUAUUUGGGAACCGUGGGUGCUGUUGCCCUGGACUGCAAUGGGAACGUCGCUUACGCAACCUCGACGGGAGGCAUUGUCAACAAGAUGGUUGGCCGCGUGGGGGACUCUCCGUGUGUAGGGUCUGGAGGUUAUGCUGACAAUAACAUUGGGGCCGUUUCAACCACGGGCCACGGGGAGAGCAUCCUGAAGGUGAACCUGGCCAGGCUCACGCUCUUCCACAUAGAACAAGGGAAGACGCUGGACGAGGCCGCUAGCCUGUCACUGGGUUACAUGAAGUCAAGGCUUAAAGGUUUAGGUGGUCUCAUCGUGGUGGACAAAGCAGGAGACUGGGUGGUGAAGUGGACAUCGACCUCCAUGCCCUGGGCGGCCGCCAGGGACGGCAAGCUGCACUCCGGCAUCGACCUGGACGAGAGCACUGUCGUCGACCUGCCCUGA